UCUCAAACACAUCAAAGACUUGGCUUCCAUGUUGCUGAUACCAUUCCAUUUACUCCACUGCAGCCAUUAUUAUGAGCUGUCCUCCCCUUACCAGCCUCCUGUGAUCUCUAUGUGUGACAUCUUAGUGUAGUCAGUUUGUCAGAGUUUUGUUUCCAGAAACUAUGCCACCUCUCACCUACUUCCUCAUAAGUCAACUCAAGCUGAUUAAAGUGUGGAUUCCAUCUCAUCUACAAGAAUAACAAGAUAACAAGUUAUGUAGAAGCUACUUCCCUGCCUUGCAGUAGACACACCAGAUUUAUUUUCUCUCCAGUCUUUCCACCACAGGCGAGCGAGCUUUAAGCCAAACUCUUCUCAAUUGUGAUCUGUGUGUAUCUAAUCAUAAGUAUUAUUUGUAUAUGUGUUUAAAGCUGUCAGGGAAAAUAGAGUUGAUGGCAGAAAUGCUUUACUCGAAUAAAUCCCAGCAAUUAAUAUUCAAGUCGAUGUUGAUGGUUGGCAGUAGCUGUGUGUGAGAACCAGACAGGCCUUGAUAAAAGGUUUAGCAUAUUUAAGAAAAUCUGUCUUGAGUAGUCUUUGGCCUCAGGUUAUAAAAUAGUGUGUCUGUCUGUCAUAUCCCUCAGUGCAGCUGUCAGGGAUUAUGGAGAUAAUGGGAGAAAUGUUUGAUAUUAUUAAAUAAAAGGACCAAGUUUUACAUAUUUUUGAAUGUCUGUCUUAAGUAGUCUUCUGUCUUAGGUCUCAGGUGGUCUCAGGAGGUCUCAGGAGGUAUAAUAAAUCCAUAUCAUAUCAUAUGAUCCAUAACAUCGCCUACUUUGAAUCACAUUGCGGGUCUAGAGCUCAGAAUCUUUAUGAUUUAUAUACAGUAUGUUAUCCUCUCUUUCAGAAAUGAUGUGGACUUGGACAGACUGUCUGUGUGUCAAUAUCCUGCUUCUCCUCCAAAGAGUAGGCUCUGAGAGGUUUGAGGUUCUUGGUCCGACUCGUGCCAUUGUUGCUGUGGCUGGUGAUGACAUCAUUCUGCCCUGUUCUAUCAAACCGAGUAUCACCGCUGAGGACAUGAGAGUUGACUGGUUCAGAAUCAACCUCCCAGACACUCAGUCAAACAUUAGAGUCCAUCUCUACCAAGACGGCAGAGACAAAUACCCUGAUCAGAUCCUCUCCUACAGGGGAAGGACAUCGCUGUUUAAAGAGGAACUGAAGAACGGCAACACCUCUUUGAAACUGACCAGGGUACAGGGCACUGAUGAUGGACGUUAUAAAUGUCUUGUUCAGUCUAAGACACAUUAUGAUGAUGCCACCAUUCAAGUCUACGUCAGAGCUAUAGGAUCCAAGCCAGAGGUUUCCAUUGAGGGACAGAAAGAAGGAGGGAUGACUCUGCUGUGUGUAUCUAACGGCUGGUUCCCUGAGCCUGAGUUGGAGUGGCUGGACAGUGAAGGGGUCACUCUGUCUGCUGGACCGUCAGAGACAGACAGGGACUAUGAGGGAUUCUACAUAGUUAAACUAAAGACCAUCGUAAAGGAGACUGACAUCAACCGCUUUACCUGUAGAGUCAGACAGAGACAGAUCUAUGAUGUGAUUAAGAUGGAGACAGAGUUUCACAUCCCUAGCGAGCUGAUCCUUGUUCACACAGACACAUGGAAUGUGGCCAUUGCAGUGAUUGUCUCUCUGGGCAUUUUCCUUACGGUCAUAUUAGCUUUCACCAUUUGGCGCUGGAUUGCUUUGUGCAAUGACUAUGAUGCAUCCAACGCUAAACACAGUCAAGAGAUAGAGCAAGUUAAAGAUGAACUCAGACUUGAGUUGAAGAAAGAUCUCAUCACUAAGCUGAAGAUACUUGCUGAUCAGCUGGAUUUAGUAAACAUGAAGGGCUGUCCAGAACUUGAAACCAUCAGAAAACAUGCAGUGGAUGUGACUCUAGAUCCUGAUACAGCACAUCCCGGACUCAUCCUGUCUGAAGACAGGAAACAAGUGAGACGUGGAAACAUAAAACAGAAUCUCCCUGAUAACCCAGAGAGGUUUGAUACUGUUCACUAUGUCCUGGGAAAGGAGGGUUUCUCCUCUGGGAGAUUCUACUAUGAGGUGCAGGUGGAGGAGAAGACUGGGUGGACUUUAGGAGUGGCCAGAGAGUCCAUCAACAGGAAGAAGUAUAUUUUCAUGAAACCUGAGAAUGGAUGCUGGACUGUUUGGCGGAGGAAUAAAGAGUACAAGGCUUUCACUGGUCCCUCUGUUAUCCUCUCCCUGAGAGAGAAGCCCCAGAAGGUGGGGGUGUUUGUGGAUUAUGAGAAGGGUCAGGUCUCAUUCUACAAUGUAGAGGCCAGGUCUCAUAUAUACUCUUUCACUGGCUACACCUUCACUGAGAAACUCUAUCCAUUCUUUUAUUCUGGUAUUACUGAUAUCUCAGACCCACUGGUCAUCACUCCUGUAGGUGUCACCGACUAACUGUUUUAUAUCAAACAUUGAAAUACUGGUUGUAUGUGUGUGUGUGUGUGUGUGUGUGUGUGUAUGCGUGUGCGAGUGCAAGUGUGUGUGUUACUGUCAUGACGUUUCCCUGAUGGGUGAGGUUUAUGACCCCCCCCCCAUAAAUACCUGUCCUCCUUUUCUCUCCACUCUACAGAAUGGACUCCUGGAAAGCCCUGUGUUACCACAGAGAAAGUAUGGUAAUAUCAAAAGGCUGGGGAAUGGAACAAUAGUUCCCUUUCUCAACCAGUUGAAAGUGUCCGUUGGUCCUUAAAGAAUAUGAUGUCAGAUCAGUUGUUGUCUGGGACAUUAUAUCUGAUGAUAGAACGACAUAAAUUGUAUCUUGGAAAGUCUACACAUUCUAGUUAUCAGAUUCACAUGGAAUUAAAUAUGAAACUAUUUGUGAAAAGAUUAAAUGUAAUUUUAACUUCUAAAUGAGAGAAUUGUUUUCAUGAGUAAACUAUUCUCACUCAGUGGCCACACCCAAGUGAACAGACAUUGGUUGAGAACUAUGAAACACGCCCUUCUCUCCCCCAGUACAAAAGUCUGUUGACGGAAGUUAACCUUAGUUCCCGAUGACGUGAGGACUGGUGUUCGUACGUUUAAAAGGGCUAAUUUCAACUACAACCUAGCAAAAUUAACAUUUAGUUCCAGAAAUGUUAGGACUGCCGUCCUAAUGUUUAAAAGGGCGAAUUUCAACAUGGAGGUGAUGAUCACCUCGCUGAAAUGGUGUAUUUCGACUAGACCAGCCAGAAUACAGCAUAAACUGAUUAUGGCAACUUAGUAUGAACAUUGAACAAUUAUUUACUAAAGAAGUGAUACAUCCUAGACGUCGAGUUAUCAGCUGCAGCUGUAAACGUAUGUGGCCUAGGAAAGGACAGACAAUCUCCUAAGAACGACAGGGUACUUUGACGUACCCGCUCUACAACACUACGACCAGAAAUAUUCUUCAAAGGACAAUGGUGAUCUCUGCUGGGCAAACCAGUCUUCCAUCUUCGACCCAUCUAUCGAAGCGCAGCUCAGAGUAAAUAUAUAUGUUGCAUUUUCCUUUUCUGAAUGGGUGAUUAUUAGAAUGCAUAAGAUUCUGUAUUUACAGUAGCAUAGCUUCUCAAGGUCCGAUAGAGACCCAAUCCCUUUGUCCCUCAGUCUGCCGCUCUUUCAUUCAAACCCAACCCCCUUCUUUUGUGUAACCAGCCGUUAGGGGCUUUUCAUGACAUGAUUAGUAAUCGAUGUAUUAUCUAUACUGUGUAUAUAUGUAAUUCUGUGUGAUUAUUUUGGUAUUUACUAAAUAAAUAAUUACACCAAUUAGUGCAUUGCUGAUUCAACUUGUUA